AUAGGCAUGCUUCGUUGUGGAGAGCAGCAUGAGUCAUUUUUCAAUUCAGUUUGUGGCAAUACUUUCACUCACGCUUUUGCUUCCAAAUACGCAUGGCUGGGGAGACGAUGGGCAUGUCAUUGUUUGCAAGAUCGCCCAGGCUCGUCUGAGCAAAAGUGCUGCAGAGGCUGUGAAAAAUCUGCUGCCAAAAUCUGCAGAAAACGAUUUAUCGAAGAGGUGUUCGUGGGCAGAUCAUGUUCAUCACAUCUUUCCCUGGUCCUCUGCUUUGCACUAUGCAAAUACUCCUGAUGCCGUUUGCAGUUACAAAAACAGCAGGGAUUGCAUUGAUUACAAAAAGGGAAUUAAGGGGCGAUGUGUUGUGGCUGCGAUUAACAAUUUCACAACGCAACUUCUCGAAUAUGGCAGUGAAACAAAAUCCAAAUAUAACCUCACACAAUCUCUUUUCUUCCUUUCACAUUUUGUGGGAGAUAUCCACCAGCCUCUACAUUGUGGUUUUAUCUCCGAUAGUGGAGGCAACAAAAUUAAUGUUCACUGGUACAAAAGGAAGCAAAACCUCCACCAUGUUUGGGAUCAUACCAUACUUCAAACAGAAGUUGACAGAUUUUAUGACUCAGACAUGGACGAGUUCGUCGAUGCAAUUCAACAGAAUAUUACGAAAGUAUGGGCCGAUGAAGUAGAAGAAUGGGAACACUGCGCUGACAAUGACCUUCCAUGCGCAGCUCUAUAUGCAUCUGAAAGUACCAUAGAUGCUUGUAAAUGGGCAUAUAAAGAUGCCACAGAAGGUUCAGUGCUAAAGGAUGAUUACUUUCUUUCACGUUCACCAAUAGUCAAUUUGCGGUUAGCUCAAGCAGGAGUUCGUUUGGCUGCUAUUCUCAAUCGUGUUUUUGACAGAAAGCUUUCAUCGUCGAUGUAGUUUAUUGAAAGAGAGUGAGUCCACAAUUUGGUUAAUAAAGAGGAAUAAAGUGCCGUCUAAUUCCUAAGCUUAACUUUAAGUGCACUAGUCUUUCUCAUUGUUGAGUUUAUAUGUUUAUGUAAACAUUGGAGAAAAUGAAGUCUAGGAAACUUCCAAGUCUUCAUCUAUUAAAUUGGAAUGCAUUUGGUUAUUAUCUAUUAAA